AGGGAAAAAACGACGACGACAACAACAACAACUGCAUUAUUUUUUUUCUCCGGAAAAUAUAAAUUUAGAUCCCAAUAAUGCCAUUACCGCCGGCUUUAGCUGCUCGUUUGCAAAAGAGAGGUCUUCUACAGAACAGUCCAGAAAUUAAACCAGCACAAGCUACAUCGCUAAACACGCCAGGCAAUGAAGAGGUUGAAGAAGUGUUUGCAGAGGAUUAUGAUGACCCGAUGAAAGAUGAUCCAGUGUUGCCGGAACCUGCCGUGGAGACGAGAGUACAAGUUCCUGUAGAAGAGGAAGAGGAGGAAGAUUCUCUUAGAGAAGUCCCUGCCUGUCCUAACAGAUCUAAUCCAUACCAUGAAUGCAGUGAUUUCUGUAAACAAAGGUGGGGUAUGAAAGUAUGGAAUCCCACUGAGGACAUGAUACGAAAAAGAGACAGAAUGUUGCGGAAAUAUCCUUUACCGCCAGAAUGGCAAGAAAUUGCUGAUCCUGAAACAGACAGAUAUUAUUAUUGGAACAUGAACACAGAUCAGGUAUCAUGGCUGUCUCCAAUACACCCCAGAGCUGUGAUUACCCUGUCAGCAGAAAAAUUACAAGCUGUGUUACGGAAUGAUGGUUUUACAAGAGGAGAUAGUGACAGUGAGGACAGUGAAGAGGAAGGCAUGGACGUCUCUGAUAGUGAAAGUUCAUCAUCAUCAUCAUCAGACGAAGAUGAGUAUGACAGACGGCACGAGAAAGGUCGGCAAGCACACGAGAGAAACAGAGGUAGAGGUGGUAGACAACGUAAAGAUGAAAUAGAUCCUAUGGACCCAGCAUCUUACUCCGAUAUUCCAAGGGGUGGUUGGUCGGCAGGUUUAGAAAGAUCAGGUGAUGCAAAGACUGGCGUUGAUUCAACAGCUUCCGGCCCAUUGUUCCAACAGAGACCAUAUCCAAGUCCCGGUGCAGUGCUUCGUGCCAACCGAGGGAAAUGAAGGAAGAGUUCAGUUGGUUAUCUUCUUAUGACAUUAACUUUU